AUGCGGCACUUGCCGCGCAGAGACGUUGACGAGGAGGUUCACGACGCAGCGGAGGAGCUUGGGAGAGCCAUUGGCGGAAGCGACGGUCCGCGCAUGUGCGACGAAGACGAAGAAAAGGCUGCAGAAGGGAACGAAUUUCUCAGCACGAGACACUUUCUGCCGGACAGCGACCCUUGGGGUGGACCAGAAACAGUGUACAGCUCGUAUCCGCAGAGGUCGCUGGGCUUUAUGUGUCCACUUUGCCUCUGCGUGACGCACUUGCCGGCCCAACAGGACUGCGGACACGUCUUGUGCUUCUCCUGCCUCCAGCAGUCCCUCUCUAUAGUGGGCGCUUGUACGCUGUGUCAAGCACAGCAGAUGCUCGAGAUCCGUGAGACGGCGCUACUUGCUGCGCCAGAACAAACGAUGGGAAUGCCAUGUGUUCGUGCAGAGCGAGCUGGUCAUGUGCCGAUCUCGACGUCGGCUCAUUUGUCAGUAUUACAAAGAGCUGUUGGUCAAUCGGACCAUGUGCAUGUCAGUAGGAACAAGCACAGCAUGUAUGCUGACACGGCCGUGUUUGCGGGCUACGAGGCAAACAAAGGGUACGAGGAUCUCGUGCCAAAUACCAGUGCAGCACCGUUCUUGUUCGACAGUCUGAGUGAUUUGGAUGACGUUAUCGAUCUUGAUGAUCUGGUUUCGUCGGACAGUGAGCAGCCUUCGUCAUUGGUAGCAGAAUUCGUCUCUCUGGAUGAAAACGUCACUGUGGAACCUUCGCGCCAUCCACGAACAUCGCUACGAAAAAGGAGCUUUGAUUCGUAUGGACAACCGCCGACGGUUGAGGAGACGCCUACUAUAUCAGUGCCGAAAAAGUCAUUACCGGCUAGCAUUUGUGCAUGCAGCAAGAAGACUAAAGCGCGUAAGUUGAAGCGCGGGGAGCUCGGUGCUACUCGAAUGGAGUGGCAAGUAGUGCGUUCAGAGGGCUCUCCACCGGAUCCACGAUACGAUUGUGGGCUCGCAAUGUAUGGAAACGUUAUGAUUGUUGUAGGCGGCAUCGUAGGCGAGUUACGGCUAAAUGACCUAUACACGUUAGAUCUUGCCGCAAAACCUUUGCCUCAAUGGAUUCGACCGCCGGUUGGCGGUGUAUCGCCACCAUCAGGCCAUCUCCUCCAGAUUUUCGUCAUUGACGACAAUUUGUAUGCGAUUGGUGGCACCACUGAUGGUAAUUUUCUGACGGAACUUCACCGACUUCACCUCAAGUGUAGUGAGUGGAAGUGGGAAAAAAUUGAAGUGGCUGGAACGCCUCCGUCAAUGCGGUAUUGGUAUUCAUUGACAGUGUUGCAGGGGAUGGCAAUAUUGUACGGAGGCUACGGCCACCCUCGACGACUGAGUGAUACGUUUGCGCUUCGCUUCGACACCGAGGUUCCAACAUGGGUAGAACUUCAACCUCGCGGAGAGAUUCCGGGAUCGUCGUCGACGCACUCAGUAUGCGUCAUCAACGAUCGCAUGUACAUAUUUGGUGGAUACGACGGCAAGUGUCGUCGUGGCCAGCUUUUUUCAUUCGAGAUCGAAGAUGCUUCGAGUGAGCACAUCGAUUGUGUGUGGUGCAAAGUAGAGACUCAAGGGCGUGGCCCUGCAUCGCGCUACACGCAUUCGAGUGCCAGUAUUGGCUCGCAAUUGAUUGUCUACGGAGGUAAUACCGGGUGCUUGAAAGGCGACGCGUAUGUGCUGGACGUUGGAGCAGACGAAGACACUCCGAUUUGGAAACCGGUCAAGUGUGAUCCCCCGUUGACUCCGCGUGCAUGGCACCGAGCAGUGGUUUGCAAUGGCGCAAUGUACGUAUUUGGAGGCAACACCGCUGACGGGAAGGAGAAUAACGUGAUACGCGUCGCCUUUUAG